AUGGGCACCGGUGGGCGGAAUGGGCUACGGCCGGGCAAGGGGAACGCAGAAGGGGUGGCCGCGGGCAAGGGGAACACGGAUGGGGUUGCAGCCACUCCUCCUGCUGCCUCGGCCUCCUGCCAGUACAGGUGUAUCGAAUGCAACCAAGAGGCCAAGGAGUUGUACCGAGACUAUAACCACGGAGUGCUGAAGAUAACCAUCUGCAAAUCCUGCCAGAAACCUGUAGACAAAUACAUCGAGUAUGAUCCUGUUAUCAUCUUGAUUAAUGCUAUUUUAUGCAAAGCCCAGGCCUACAGACAUAUUCUUUUCAAUACUAAAAUAAACAUGCAUGGGAAACUCUGCAUAUUUUGUUUGCUUUGCGAAGCAUACCUGAGGUGGUGGCAGCUCCAAGAUUCAAACCAGAACACCGAUCCUGACGACUUCAUCAGAUAUGCCAAGGAGUGGGAUUUCUAUAGAAUGUUCGCAAUUGCUUCUCUAGAACAAACCGCCUUUUUUACUGGCAUCCUUACCUUCCUGUGGCUAGAACGACCGAUGACGGCGAAAAAGAAACCCAACUUCAUUUUGCUGCUGAAAGCGUUACUGUUGUCUAGCUAUGGAAAACUCUUGCUGAUUCCAGCCGUCAUCUGGGAGCAUGACUACACCCCUCUGUGCCUCAGACUCAUCAAAGUAUUUGUCCUCACGUCCAAUUUUCAGGCAAUUCGAGUGACCCUGAAUAUCAGCCGAAAGGUCUCCUUUCUGGCCAUCUUGAGUGGCUUACUGAUGGAAAGCACCAUGGUCUACUUCUUCCAGAGGAUGGAAUGGGACGUGGGAAGCGAUUGCACCAUCUACAAAUCUCAAGACCUUUGAAGAGUCGUGUCGUCUAUUAUCUGUGGUACAGCCGACUGCCGACAAAGAGAAGACCUAGGAUAGAAACCGAACUCCUCGUUUCUGUUGAGCAAAAUGAAGCAAAGAUUUGGAUACACUUCCCAAAAAAGAAAGCAAAGGUUAUAGCAUCGAAAACCCCCAAAACUCUACCACAACCCCCUCCGUAAGAAACAACCGAAACACAUACAGAUACAGACACAGGCAAGCAGAGAGCACAGGGUGCUGCCUGGGGAACGAGGGACACCAUGAGGGGAAUGGCAUGCAUUAUAGACCACGUCGGGGAGUGGAGGGGACCACGAAUCCAUGAUCCACACGUAAUAAAGAUGUAUGUUUCAUUCCUUUGACGUGUUUAUAUCUUUUUGAUUUAAAUGGUAAGUUAUAGGCUCUAAAUAAUGUAUUUAAAGUAGUAUUGUGUUCUGACAACAACAGAAACAUUUUUCUCAUAAUAAAGUUGAAAUACACUGA